AUGGCAUACACAUCAACGCUUGUCAUAGCAUCCCUAUUGACAGUAGGAGGAUAUAUGUUAUUCACAGGUUCAGGUGAAGCAUUCAAUGUUGGAGAAUUUCUAGAAACUACAUCACCAUACAUGUGGGCCAGUUUAGGUAUUGCAUGUUCAAUAGGUCUUUCAGUAGUUGGUGCGGCAUGGGGGAUUUUCGUUACUGGUUCUUCAAUUCUUGGUGCUGGUGUUAAAGCACCUAGAAUCACUACUAAGAAUUUAAUUUCAAUUAUUUUUUGUGAAGUUGUGGCUAUUUAUGGAUUAAUUAUGGCAAUUGUGUUUUCAUCAAAAUUGACAAGUGUACCUUCAAAAGAUUUAUUUACGAAAGAGAAUUUAUAUACUGGAUAUUCAUUAUUUUGGGCUGGUUUAACUGUUGGUAUCUCAAAUUUAAUUUGUGGUGUUGCGGUGGGGAUUACUGGUUCAACUGCUGCUAUCAGUGAUGCUGCUGAUUCUUCACUUUUCGUCAAGAUUUUGGUGGUUGAAAUCUUUGGAUCUGUUUUAGGUUUAUUCGGAUUGAUUGUUGGAUUAUUGAUGACUGGUAAAGCUCAAGAAUUUAGCUAA